GAUAUUUCGUGCGGUUAGUUGGCGCGCGGGGCCCCGGUGACUGGGACGGCCAAGACAGGCGCUCCGUAUAAAAGGAGAGACAGGAGACAGGGCCUAACGAACAGGAUAUAUUCUAAACGGAGCGACGACCACACAGUGACGACGACCACGACGAAGACGAUCGAAUAUUAAAGAAAUUUAUAUUUCUCUCAUCUUUCUUUCCGCCUUUUUCAUUUCUCUCUCUCUCUCUCUCUCUCUCUCACUCACUUCUUUUUCACUUUCGUUCGCGGCCUGCAUUUCGCUUCGACUUUCGAGAAUCAAAGUGCGCGAACCGCGUGUACGAGCCGCGAGCUCGACCCACGGAGGAGCUCAGGAUCAACGUUAAACUCGCCGAGGAAUCCAGGAUUUCCACUGUCCACGGGGGACCACCACGGUUCUUAAUUGCCUCCAGUUUAUUCGGAUAUUUCACCGCUCGCAUCAAGUCCGAGGAGGAUCGCGAGCAGCGAGAGGAGGAGAGCAUCGGUUGGAUGGUGCCGCGGGUCGGCGCCGUUUGAACCGAUCGGAAGCAGAGAUAGGGCAGGUUUUCUCGGGAAGCAAGGAAGGAAAGGAAAGAGCGAGGAAAGCUCUCGAUCCCGAAGGCGAGAGGGUGGCGCGCCACCCGAGAAGUUCGCGGUAAAGGGAGGAGUGGCGAAGGCGACCCAACGCCAUGGGGGUCGCCGACGAUUUCGCGCCGAGCUUCACCCAGAAGCCGCAACUCAGGCAGGAGGACGACGGGAAUCGACUGAUCUUCGAGUGUCAACUGAUCAGCUCGCCUAAACCCGAGAUAUCAUGGUACCGCGGCGAGACCGAGUUGAGUCCGGACGCCAGGACCAACUUCAGGAUGCAGAGCAUCGGGACCAACAAGUUCCUCGUGGUGCUGGAGCUCGACGACGUUAUCGAGACCGACGCCGGCCUGUACAAGGUCAAGGCCAAGAACAAGAUGGGCGAGGUCGCGGCUUCGAUUAACCUGAAUUUCAGCCCUGUCGAUGAGCCUAGGGAGAAACAAAUCGAUGGAAUCGCGCCAACUUUUGCGAAGAAGCCUGCAAUCAGACAAGAAGACGAUGGUAAACGAUUACUUUUCGAAUGUCGUAUCACGGCUGAUCCCACGCCAAAAGUAACGUGGUUUCACGAUGGGAAUAUGGUCAAAGAUUCACCGAGGCAUAAGCUCACCGUCGACAAAGAUGGCCACUCGUACUUCGCGACUCUGGAGAUCAAAAACGUGACCGUUGAGGAUGCUGGUAAAUAUAAGGUCACCGCGAAGAACGAGCUCGGCGAAUCCAAUGCCACUAUUUCCCUAAAUUUCGAUAAUGCAGAAGAAGGACCUGGUUUCGCACCGACGUUCGUCGAGAAACCCCGUAUCAUUCCAAACGAAACCGGUACCUUGAUCACGAUGAAGUGCAAGUGCAAGGCGAACCCGAAGCCGGAAGUCACGUGGUUCCGUGGGACCAAUGUCGUCAAGGAAUCAUCCAAGAUUUCGAUCAAGACGAAAACCGUGGAGGAGGACGUGUACGAGUUGAUCAUGGAGAUCAAGGAUCCCUCCGCGCCGGACGGUGGCACUUACAGGUGUCACGUGAAAAAUGAAUACGGCGAAAGUAACGCGAAUUUGAACCUGAACAUCGAGGCAGAACCCGAACCCGAAGGCGACGGACCGACCUUCGUGGAGAAGCCACGCAUUCAAUCCCAGAACCAGGGUAAACUCGUGAUAAUGGACUGCAAAGUGAAGGCGAAACCGAAACCCGAAAUCGUAUGGACCCACGCUGGCAAGGUGGUGAAGGAGUCCUCGAAAAUUUCCAUCAGCAUCGUUCAAGAAAAGGAAGACAUUUAUUACAUCAAGCUGACGUUGAACGAUCCUGGCUCCGAAGACUCUGGCUUGUACAAAUGCAACAUCAAGAACGACCUCGGUGAACUAAACGCCAAUUUGACGCUCAACGUCGAAAUCGUACCCGUGAUCAAGGAGAAGCCAAAGGUCGUGAAGAUCGUGAAGAAGAAGACGGUGAUCGUCGAGUGCCACGUGCUUUCCAAAUUCUCGCCAGAAUGCACUUGGUUCAAGGAAUCCAAAGCCGUGAAAGAAGACACCAGGCACAAAGUUCACGUGGAGCAAGUGAAAGAGGGAGAAUUCGCCGUGAAGCUAGAGAUCGAACAGGUAUCAGCUUCCGACAAGGGUAUAUACAAAUUAGUGGCCCGUAACGAGAAAGGAGAGGCAACGUCCCAAGUGGUGGAAGUGACGGACAUUAUGGAAGAGGGAGAGAAGCCCAAGAUAGCAUCCGGUUUGAAAUCGGCGACGAUCGAGGAGGGCAAAUCGAUCGAACUUGUAGCUAGUCUCUCGAAGCUGGACCGCAAAGUUACCAUUACGUGGUACAGAGAUUCCACGCAAGUCAAAGCCUCCAAGGACAUAAUGAUAUCCUUCAACGGCACAGAUAUGAAACUGACCAUCACGUCUGCUUCUACUUCGUACUCUGGAACCUACAAAGUUGUUGUCAGCAACGAUUACGGCCAGGACGAGUCCUCUGCCCGAUUAGUCGUCAAGAAAAAGGAAGAGAAGAAGGAGGAGGAGGAGGAGGAAGAGAAGAAGAAGAAGAAGGUCGAGAAGAAGGAAGAGGAGAAGAAGGAAGAGAAGAAAGAGGAGAAGAAGGUAGAGAAGAAGGUCGAAAAGAAAGAAGAGAAGAAGGAAGAAAAGAAAGAAGAGAAGGUAAAAAGCCCGAUCUGGGACGAUUACGAGAGAAGCGUGCCGGAGGAAUCGGAGGAAGAGUAUUCGGAGGAGGACGAGAACGAGGAGGAAGCGGUGAGUGUAAUCGAGUCCAGCAUCGCAGAGCCAAUUGUCGAGGAAGCAGAUUCGCAAUCAGAAACAAUUUCACGAGUAGAGGAUGUACCCGACAACCGACUGAACGGUAUCGACAAACCAGGUUCCAGGAAGAAACUGGAAGUUCUACAGAAGAAACCAGAAGAGAAGAAAAUCGAAGAAAAGAAGGAAGUUGAAAAGAAGAAGAUAGCGAAGAAAGAAGAAGAAAAGAAAGAGGAAGCUUCUCUUAAAGCAGAGAAAAUUGUGUCUCGCAAGCAGUCUAUCAGUAGAGUGGAAGAAUUACGGACAGAGAGCCGAAGAAGUUCUUUGGUGGCAACGGAGGAAAAGACCGAAGCGGAAGUGAAGACGGAGAGCCGGCGAUCUUCAAUCGUCGAGAAGAAGAUAACCGCCGAAAAGAAGGAGGUCGUCGCUAAAGCCAAGACCGUCGGAAAGGAAGAAAAGAAGGUGGAACCGAAACCUAAACCCACGAUAGAAGAACCCAAGAAAACAGAACCCACCAAACCAAAGACUACACUCGGUAAACCCGAGGAGGCAAAGAAAGAGGAACCUGUAGCUAAACCCAAAACACCCGCGAGUAAACCCGAAGAAACAAAGAAAGAUGAACCUGCUCCGAAACCUAAGGCCACACUUGGUAAACCCGAGGAGGCUAAGAAGGAGGAACCUGCUCCGAAACCUAAGGCCACACUUGGUAAACCCGAGGAGGCUAAGAAGGAGGAACCUGCUCCGAAACCUAAGGCCACACUUGGUAAACCCGAGGAGGCUAAGAAAGAGGUACCUGCUCCAAAACCUAAGGCCACACUUGGUAAACCCGAGGAGGCUAAGAAGGAGGAACCAGCUCCGAAACCUAAGGCCACACUUGGUAAACCCGAGGCGGCUAAGAAGGAGGAACCUGCUCCGAAACCUAAGGCCACACUUGGUAAACCCGAGGAGCCUAAGAAGGUGGAACCUGCCCCGAAACCUAAAACCACGCUUGGUAAACCCGAGCCCCCGAAGGCGGAGGAGCCGGGCAGAAAAUUGAGUCUGAAGCCUGGGGUGAAGAUCGAGGAAGAAGCUAAGACGUUGAAUAAAGUGGAACUGAAGAAAACCGAAAAGGUGGAGAAGACCGAAGUUAAGAAGACGAAAGCUGCGAAAAUGUCGAAGGAGAAGAGCUACGAGCUUCCAGAGAUCCCAGAUUACGAGCGACCUGUGCUGGAGAAGCCUCAGGAAUUCGAUUUCGGGGAGCACGUACCUCGAGACAAAACGAAGCUCGAUAGGCCGGUCACACAGAAAUUCGACUCUAAGCCGAAGGUGCCAGAGAUCAAAGCACCGGAGACACCGAAGAUCGAAGUGAUCAAAGACGUGACCCCGGCUGGAAGCAGAAAGAGUUCUCUGAUACCCGGUAGCGGUACAACCAGUCGACGGGGCUCCUUGAUACCGCCCGAAGAAUUGGGUCGCAGACCCAGUCUGAUAAUCAGUGACGAGUUGGGAAGGUUACGCCCCGGCGAGGUGUUAGACCCUAAGCGUCGUCGUCCGAGCACGGACGUCAGAAGACCCAGCGUGGCGGACCUUGAGAAUAAGAUCAAUCAGCCGAGCACACCUCUUCGAGAUGUCGGACCACCGGGACCACCUCAAAUCGUCGAUGUUCAGGAGUCAUAUUCCGCCGUGGAAGACUCGACGGCGUACCUCACGGUCGGAGUGGAAGGCACGCCCGCGCCGACUUUCAAGUUCUACAAGGGAAUCACCGAGAUCAUCGAAGGUGGCCGAUUCAAGUUCCUUACGGACACAGAGACCAAUACGAUCACCCUCUGCAUGAGGAAGACGAAGCCCAACGACGAGGGCACAUACAAGAUCGUCGUGAGCAACAUCCAUGGCGAGGACUCUGCCGAGAUGCAGCUCUACGUUUCCGACGCCAGUGGUAUGGACUUCCGCGCCAUGCUGAAGAAGAGAAAGUAUCAGAAAUGGGCGCGAGAAGAGCAAGAACAGGAGAAGGUAGACUUGAAGGAAGUGGAGAAACCGAUGCCGGCUUUGAAGAAAGUCGAAAGGAAACAGGAAAGUUUCCUCAAACCACUGGUGGAUCAAUAUGCCAAGGAAGGCAAAGACAAGAAGGUCGUCUUCGAAGCGAACUUCUCCAAGCCGAACUGCAAACCGAAAUGGUCCUUCAGGAAGGACGAACUGUUCCCUUCGUCGAAGUACAAGUUCAAGAACGAGGAAGAUUUGUACCAACUUAUCAUCAUGAAUCCCAAAGUCGAGGACACCGGAAAGUACACCAUCGAAAUAUCCGGUGUUUCCAGUACAGCCUUCCUCAACGUCGAAGAACCGGAUCCAACCUACACGUUCACUAAACCGCUUUCUAAGAAGACGAGCGGUUACACGAAACACGAGGUUUACAUGGAAUGUACCGUCAGCUCCAACCUAGCUCAAGUUACAUGGUACAAAGGAAAGACCAAGCUCGAGGAUGGCGAUACGUACAGCAUAUCGAAAGACAUGAGCGGCGUUUGCCGAUUGACCAUAAAGAGCGCUACCCUCGAGGACAGUGGCGAAUACAUUUGUAAGAUUAACAAGCAGACGGAUAAAACCGAGACGGUUCUAACCGUAGUUGAAUAUCCGUAUAAAUUCGUGAAGGUGCUCAAGUCGCAGCAGCUCGUAGAGAAGGAAACGUUGACGUUGGUCUGCGAGUUGGACGAUGCCGGUGGCGAAGUGAAGUGGUUCAAAGGUGACCAGGAGAUCGUGGCUGACAAGAGGGUGCAGAUCAAAGAAGAGGGCAGGAAGAGGAAACUCAUCAUCAAGGACACGAAGGUUACAGAUGCUGGUCAAUACUCCUGCGUGAGCAAUGCGGACAAGACCGAGGCCGAGAUAGUUAUAAACUACGCCAAUCGCUUCAACAAGAAGCUGAAGGACACGGUGGCAGUGGAGAGAGAGAAAUUGGUGCUCGACGUGGAACUCCAGGACCAGACCGCGCCUGCGGUAUUCUUGUUUAAUGGCAAACCGAUCGAACCGAACGAGAGGGUCGAGAUCAAGAACUUGGGCGGUGGCAAGCAUCAAUUAAUCUUCAACAGGCUGGAAAUGAGCGACGACGGUGAAAUUACCUGCGAGAGUGGACAGUUAACGAGCAGCUGUAAACUGACCGUGAAGAAGGGCGAGAGCAAACCGAUCGUCGAAAUUCCCGACAAGGUCGAAGGUCCUUGCAGCGCACCGCUCGUGUUCGUUGUUCCUUACAAAAUCGAGGGAACGAAACAGAGCCAGGUAGAAGCUAAACUCAUGAAGGAUGGCAAGCCAUUGCCGUUGAAGGAGGUAGAGGUAGUGGUUAGCGAAGAUAAGAUCACCUUCAAGAUCAAGAAACCUUCGCGAGACCAGUCCGGAAUUUACCAAGUGAAGAUCGGUAACAGCCAAGGCGAGGAAGUCCAUGACGUAAAUAUUAAUAUGCAAGAUGUGCCUGCUCCUCCCACUGACGUGGACGUGAACGAGGUGUUCCAAGACUCGUGCGUGGUAUCCUUCAAGCCAUCGAAAGACGACGGUGGCUCACCUAUCACGAAAUACGUGAUCGAGCGUCUGGAUCUGAGCCUGAAAGCGCAAUGGGACAGCGUCGGCGAAGUUAUGCCCGGCGAGAAAUGCGUUUACAAAGUCAAGGAUCUCGUGGCGAAGAAGGAGUACAAGUUCCGUAUCCGAGCGGUGAACAAACUUGGCUCCAGCGAACCCGCGAUGUUCGGCAAACCGGUACUCGCCAAGGAUCCAUGGGACGAGCCAGGUAAACCCACGAACGUGGAGGUGACCGACUGGGACAAAGACCAUGCCGACUUGAAAUGGACAAAACCAGAGAAUGAUGGCGGAGCACCCAUCACGGGUUACAUAAUAGAAUAUAAGGAGAAGUUUGGCAAAGAAUGGGUAAAGGGGAAGGAAAUCGAAGGGGACAUAACGGAAGCUACCAUCGAUGGCCUGAAGGAAGGCACCCAAUACGAAUUCAGGAUCAGAGCAGUGAACAAAGCUGGUCCUGGCGAACCGUCCGAUGCUACGAAACCGAUCAUAGCCAAAUGUCGAUUCGUCAAACCGUACAUAGUUGGCGAAGGCUUGACGAAUCUCAUCGUUAAGAAGGGUCAAGUCAUCAAGUACGACAUCAAGUACGCCGGUGAACCUGAACCGGAGGUGCAUUGGUUCUUGGGAACCAAAGAACUCGUUCAGGAUGCCGCUGAAAGAAUCACGAUCGACAAAUACGAGAGGAACACGGUACUCACCGUCAGGAAAACCACCAGACCAGAUUCGGGCAAAUACAAGCUGGUUCUGUCCAACAGCUCCGGAACCUGCGAGAGCAUAGCGGAUGUUGUGGUCCUUGACAAGCCUGCAAAACCAGGAGGUCCACUGAAAGUAGAAGAGGUUCGUUCCACUCACGCGAAAGUAAAGUGGCAGAAGCCCGAGGACAAUGGCGGUACCGAUAUCACUGGAUAUGUACUGGAAAAGAUGGACAUGGAUACGGGCCGAUGGGUCCCUGCUGGAGAGGUGGGACCAAACGAAACCGAAUUUACCAUUACCGGCUUAACUCCGAAGAAGAAGUACAAGUUCCGCGUGAAAGCUGUGAACAAGGAAGGUGAAUCCGAACCGCUCGAGGUCGACGAACCUGUCCUUGCCAAGAAUCCUUACGACGAGCCUGGCAAACCUGGAAAACCGGAAAUCUUCGACUACGAUAACGUAAGCGUGACUUUGAAAUGGGAGAAGCCGGAAACCGACGGUGGCAGACCGAUCACUCACUACACCAUCGAGAUGAAGGACAAAUUCGCGGUGGAUUGGGUCGAGGUAACGAAAACUGCCGAUGCCACUACGCAAGCAAAGGUCGAGGGACUAAAGGAGAAAAUGAUCUAUCAAUUCCGAGUUCGUGCUCAUAACAAAGCGGGUCCAGGUGAACCUAGCGAACCUACGGACAAUCACCUCUGCAAACACAAGAACCUUAAACCGAGAAUCGACAGAAGCAACUUCAAAUCCGUCAUCAUCAAGGCCGGACGUACGCACAAAUGGUCGGUGGAUAUCAUCGGAGAGCCACCACCAGAGGCUAAAUGGAUUUGGAGAGAUAACAUCCCUCUUACAACCACGGAACGUAUCAAAAUCGAUAACGUCGAUUAUCAUACUGACUUCACGAUCGUGAACGCGAUGCGCAAAGAUACCGGAAGGUACACCCUCAUCGUGGAGAACGUUAACGGGAAGGACGAGGAGACCGUGGAGCUCACAGUUCUCGGCAAGCCAGACCCGCCGAAAGGUCCGUUGGAAGUGACGGAUAUCACGGCAACCUCGGCAAAGGUGAAGUGGGAGAAACCAGAGGACGACGGUGGCGUUCCGAUCAAGGAAUACGAGAUCGAAAAGUUGGACACGAAGACUGGCAAAUGGGUGAGAGUAGGCAAAGUACCAGGAACUUCGCCGCUUACGGAAUUCGAAGUGACUGGAUUAAAUCCAGGUGGCGAAUACAAAUUCCGCGUAACCGCGGUCAACGACGAGGGUGAUUCCGAACCUCUGGAAAGCGAGCGCCCGAUCAUCGCUAGGAAUCCAUACGACGAACCACAUAAACCUGGAACACCCGAGAUCACCGAUUACGACAAUGAAUCCAUAAGCUUGAAGUGGACUGCUCCGGACUUCGACGGUGGAGCGCCAAUCGAGAAAUACAUAAUCGAGAAGAAGGAUCGUUACAAACCAGACUGGGAGAAGGCGAUGGAAGUGCCUGGAAAUCAACUGGAGGCUAAGGUAGGUGACCUGAAGGAAAGGGGCGAAUAUCAGUUCAGGAUCAUUGCCGUGAACAAAGCCGGACCAUCUCCUCCAUCCGACGCGUCGAAGAUGCAGAUAUGUAAACAUAAAGCACUGAAGCCAAGGAUCGAUCGUACAAACUUGAAACCCAUUACUGUACGAGCUGGCAAGGUGGUCAAGUACGACGUGGAUGUUCGUGGCGAACCACCUCCAGAGAUUACCUGGUACCAUGCAAAUCAAGCGGUUAAAAGUGGCGAGAACAUCGAGAUCGUCAAUGUCGAUUACAACACGAAGCUCACUAUUACCGACAGCGUGCGCAAGAACACUGGCGUAUGGAAAAUAAAGGCUGUAAAUCCACACGGUGAAGACGAGGCCGAGGUUGAAGUCACCAUACUUUCGGUUCCUGGAAAACCAAAGGGUCCCUUGAAGGUGUCCGAUGUGACGAAGAGUGGCUGCAAGUUGAAAUGGGGAAAGCCGGAAGACGAUGGUGGCAAACCUGUGACUGGGUACCAAGUGGAGAAACUCGACAAAUCCACGGGAAGAUGGGUUCCGGUUGGACGCACUUCGGAUACCGAGAUGGACGUGAAAGGUCUUCAAGAGGGCCACGAAUAUGAAUUUAGAGUGAAAGCCAUCAACGAAGAAGGCGAAUCCGAACCACUAGUCACCGAUAGCACGACGCUUGCAAAGAAUCCUUAUGAUGUUGCCGGCAAACCUGGUGUACCAGAGUUGGAGGAUUGGGACGUGGAUCGCGUUGACCUGAAAUGGGAACCACCGAAAGACACCGGAGGUGCAGCUAUUACGGGUUACAUAAUCGAAAUGAAAGAAAAGCCAUCGACGAACUGGCAAGAAGCUACCGUAACUGAAUCCCCGCAACCAAAAGGACGAGUCACCGGAUUAAAGAAAGGUUCGGUCUAUCAAUUCCGUGUUCGCGCUGUCAACAAAGCUGGUCCCUCCGAACCGAGUGACCCAACGAAGCCGCAUGUCGCGAAGGCACGAUUCCUGAAACCGCACAUCAACCGUGACAAGCUACAGACGAUCAGAGUGAGAGCAGGGCAGAUGGUGAAGCUGGAAGUCGACAUCGAAGGUGAACCACCGCCAACCGUCACCUGGAGCUUCGCUGGCGCAGUUCUGCAAACCGGUGCUAACGUGAAGAUCGAUAACGAAGACUAUCUGACAAAGAUUCACUUGACAAACACUACUCGCAAACUUAGCGGGAAAUACACGAUCAAAGCCGUGAACGAUUCCGGACAGGACGAGGCUGACGUGGAGAUCAAUAUCCUCGACAAGCCCGGAAAACCCGAGGGUCCCCUAGAAGUGUCAGACGUGCACAAAGAGGGAUGCAAAUUAAAAUGGAACAAACCGAAGGACGAUGGCGGUUUGCCCUUGUCUGGUUUCGUAGUCGAGAAAAUGGACGUAACCACGGGUCGGUGGGUGCCGGCUGGAAUCGUUGACCCUGAUAAAACGGAGCACACCAUUACCGGCUUAGAACCUGGCAAGAGAUACGAGUUCCGCGUGAAAGCUGUGAACGAGGAAGGAGAGUCGGAACCUCUGCAGACAGAUGUUCCCAUCGUCGCUAAGAAUCCUUAUGACGCUCCUGCUGCACCUGGCUUGCCAGAGAUCAUAGACUGGGCCGAGAACAUGGUGAAGCUAAAGUGGGAACCACCGAUACGAGAUGGCGGUGCUCCUAUUACAGGCUAUAUAAUCGAAAUGAAGGACAGGUUUGGUACAUCCUUCGUCAAGGCUGCCGAGGUCGAAGGACCGAUCUGUACGGGAACAGUGACCCGAUUAGAGGAAGGAAAUCAGUAUCAAUUCAGGGUUCGGGCUGUGAACAAAGCCGGUCCAGGUGAACCUAGCGAGGCUACCAACCCUCAUACUGCCAAGGCUCGUUGGCUGAAACCCUUCAUCGACCGUACCAAUCUGCAACCGAUUACCGUGAAAGUUGGUCUUACCGUGACUUUGGACGUGAACAUCAUCGGAGAGCCACCACCAAAUGUCACCUGGUUCUUCGAGGACAAAGAGCUCAAGUCGGACGACACGAUACGCAUCGACAAUAUCGAUUACAACACCAAAUUCUUCAUCUUGAAGACCAAGCGAGCUCAUACCGGAAGGUACGUGAUUACAGCGAAGAACGAAGUAGGCGAAGAUACCGCUGACGUCGAGAUUAUUGUCAUCGGUAAACCGAGCAAACCAAAGGGUCCUUUGGAAAUAUCUGACGUGAACAAACACGGUUGCAAAUUGAAAUGGGAGAAACCCGAUGACGAUGGCGGUGUGCCGAUCGAAUAUUACGAGAUCGAAAAGCUAGAUCCCCUCACCGGACAAUGGAUCCCGUGUGCAAAAUCCACGGAACCGGAAGCCACGGUAACCGGACUCCAAGAAGGCAAACCCUACAAGUUCCGCGUGAAAGCUGUAAAUCGGGAGGGUGAAUCCGACGACUUGGAAGCAGACAAGUCCAUCAUUGCGAAAAAUCCGUUUGACGAACCCGGUAAACCAGGUCGUCCAGAGAUCAAAAAUUGGGAUAAAGACUUUGUCGAUCUUGAAUGGACUCCGCCCAAAGAUGACGGUGGUGCUCCGAUCGAGAAGUAUAUCAUUCAAAUGAGGGACAAGGAAGGGCGACAGUGGAUAGACGUAGCGAAGGUUCUCGGAGACCGUACCGUUGCCAAGGUCACCGAUGGUAUCGAGGAAGGUCACGAAUACGAGUUCAGAGUCGUUGCCGUUAAUAGAGCCGGACCCGGAGAGCCUAGCGAUACCUCGAAGAGCGUUGUAGCCAAACCGCGAUUCCUGGCGCCACGCAUCGAUCGCAAGAACUUACAGAAGAAGGUGAUGCGAGUGGGUCAAAUGUUACGAAUCGAGGCAGACAUACAAGGUGAACCGCCUCCACUCGUCACCUGGAAACUCAAGGAUGCCGUUCUCAAGAGCAUGGACCGCCUUAAGAUCGAGAACGAAGACUACCAUACCACUUUCAUCAUGAGUAAAUUGCAGAGAUCCGAUACCGGUACCUACACUGUCAUUGCCAAGAACGACAGUGGCACCGACCAAGUCGAUGUGGAGAUCCUGGUGAUGAGCAAACCUGGAAAACCAAAGGGACCACUCGAAGUGUCAGACGUGACCGCAGAGGGAUGCAAAUUGAAAUGGGACAAACCCGACGACGAUGGUGGCGAACCCGUCGAUCACUACGUCAUCGAGAGGAUGGAUGUUGACACCGGAAGAUGGGUGCCUUGUGCCACGAGCAAGACUCCGGAGGCCGACGUCACCGGCCUCAACGAAGGCAAGGACUACAUGUUCCGAGUGAAGGCUGUCAAUUCCGAAGGUGAAUCCGAACCGUUGGAAACGGCAAUUCCGACAACAGCGAAGAAUCCUUACACUGAGCCAGAUGCUCCUAGCAAACCGGACCUCAAAGAUUGGUCGAAGCACCACGUGGACUUGAAAUGGAAAGCACCGAAGAACGAUGGUGGAGCGCCGAUCGAGAAAUACAUCAUCGAGAAGAAAGACCAGUACGGCAAGUGGCAGAAAGCGGCUGAAGUCCCUGGAAAUAAAACAGAGGGCAGAGUCGAGGACCUGGUCGAAGGACAGAAGUAUCAAUUCCGCGUGAAAGCCGUGAAUAAGGGCGGUCAGAGCAAACCUAGCGAACCAAGCGACAGUCUAGUUGCCAAGGAUCGUUACGCGGCACCAAAGAUCGAUCGCACGAACUUGAAAGACCUCACGAUCAAGGCUGGUACUCAUAUCCGAUUGGACGUAAAAGUUAGCGGCGAGCCGCCUCCAACGAAAACUUGGUACCUGAACAAAGCGAAGCAGGAGUCUGGUGGCGUUUUGACCAUCGAACUGGAGGACUACAGGACCAAGUACGUGGUGUCGUCUGCCAGUAGGGCUCACUGCGGCACACUGACGCUGAAAGCGGAAAACAGCUCUGGCAAAGACGAAGCAUCGAUCGAAAUUUUGGUACUGGAUAAACCUAGCAAACCGGAAGGUCCGCUCAAGGUGUCCGAUGUACACAAAGAAGGAUGCACACUGAAAUGGAAUCCGCCGCUAGACGACGGUGGUACGCCGCUAGAUCAUUAUGUGGUCGAGAAAAUGGAUACGGAAACGGGAAGAUGGAUUCCGGUGGGACGCACGAAAGAACCCACGAUGGUCGUGGAAAAUCUGGUACCUGGCCAGGAGUACAAGUUCCGAGUGGCAGCUGUAAACGCAGAGGGUGAAUCGGAACCUCUGGAAACUGAUCAUGGAAUCGUAGCAAAGAAUCCAUUUGAUGAACCAGGCCCACCUGGUCGCCCAGAAGCAACCGAUUGGGAUAAGGAUCACAUAGACCUAAGAUGGACUCCACCCUUAAACGAUGGUGGAUCUCCAAUCACUGGAUACAUAAUAGAGAAGCGCGAGAAAGACAGUCCACGAUGGAUAAAGGCUUGCGAAACCGGACCCGACUGUAAAGGACGCGUCGAUAAUCUCGACGAAGGCGUCGAGUACGAGUUCCGUGUGAAAGCUAUCAACAUUGCUGGACCCGGUGAACCAUCCGACACCAGCAAACCGAUUACAGCCAAAAGCCGACGACUUGCACCAAAGAUCGACCGUAAGAACUUGCGCGACAUCACUGUACGCGAAAACGAAGGAUUCCACUUCGACGUCAAGAUCAUCGGAGAACCACCACCAGAUGUUACUUGGGUUAUCAACAACAAGAGUAUUCAGCAAACAACCUUCCGCAGAAUCCAGAACGUACCGUACAACAGCAAGUUCUUCAACGAUAAACCCGAAAGGAAAGACAGUGGCAUUUAUAAGAUCACAGCUGUCAACCAGUACGGAUCUGACACGGCCGAAGUCGAAGUCACCGUUGUCUCUAAACCUGACAAACCCGAAGGACCACUCGAAGUGUCCGACAUUCACGCAGAGGGAUGUACGCUUAAGUGGAAGAAACCGAAAGACGACGGUGGAGAACCCAUUGAGGGAUAUCUCGUGGAGAAAUUCGAUACAGAUACUGGUGUUUGGUUACCAGUCGGCAAGACCACAGGGCCGGAAAUGAAGGUGGAAGGACUGACACCUGGACACGAAUACAAGUUCAGAGUGAAGGCGCUUAACAAGGAGGGAGAAUCGGAACCACUGGAGACGUUCAGCUCCAUCAUAGCCAAAGAUCCAUUCACUGUACCGAGUCCCCCGGGUGCACCGGAACCGGUCGACUGGACCGCCAACCAGGUCGAACUUACUUGGAAGGAACCGGUCAGCGACGGUGGCUCACCUAUCACCGGAUACAUCAUCGAGAAGAAAGACAAAUACAGUACAAUGUGGGAAAAGGCUUUGGAGAUUGAAUCACCGACCACGAAGGGCCUCGUUCAUGGACUCAUCGAGGGUAACGACUACGUCUUCCGUGUAAUAGCCGUGAACAAAGCUGGACAAUCGGAACCUGGCGAUACCAGCAAGACGUUCACCGCUAAACCACGCUACUUGGCACCCAAGAUCGAUCGGCGCAAUCUGCGAGAUGUCACUCUGUCUGCUGGUUCGUUGCUGAGAUUCGACGCGAAUGUGAUCGGCGAACCGCCACCACACAUCGAGUGGCGAUACGGUGCUAUUCCCUUGCAUUCCGACAGAAAAGUACAGAUCGACAACUCAGACUACAGCACCAAGUUCAGCAUUCGACCUGUGGCCCGUGACGACAGUGGCGAUUACACCGUCACAGCGAGCAACUCUUCCGGAAGAGACUCCGUCACCAUACAAGUUACCGUUACGGACAAGCCGAUGCCGCCGGAAGGCCCGCUUCAGGUGUCCGACGUGCACAAAGAGGGCUGCAAACUGAAAUGGAAGAGACCGAAAGACGACGGCGGUACUCCGAUCGAGUACUACCAAGUGGACAAAAUGGAUCCCGAGACUGGUUGCUGGGUACCUUGCGGCCGAUCUACCGAGCCCAAUCUGGAGGUAACGGGAUUAACACCGGGCAAGGAAUAUCUAUUCCGAGUCAGUGCCGUGAAUGCCGAAGGAGAGUCUAAACCUCUAGAGGCGGAACAAGCGAUCCUAGCCAAGAAUCCGUAUGACGAACCUGGCAAGCCUGGCGACCUGCGCGUCACGGACUGGGACAAAGAUCACGUGGACCUCGCAUGGACUCCUCCAUCGACGGAUGGUGGAUCGCCCAUCACCGGCUAUAUAAUCGAGAAGAAAGACAAGUACGGCGAAUGGGAGAAGGCCGUGGAAGUGCCGGCAGACGAUACGUCGGCCACUGUUCCCGACUUGAUAGAAGGCCAACCUUACGAGUUCCGCGUGCGAGCCGUGAACAAAGCUGGCCCUGGCGAACCUUCGGAUCCAACGCCAACGAUCAUUGCCAAACCGCGAAACCAAGCUCCAAAGAUCGAUCGUACGAAUCUGGUGGAGAUCAGAAUCAAAGCUGGUCAGAACUUCAGCUUCGACGUGAAGGUUUCGGGUGAACCUCCGCCAACCACCAAAUGGAUGUUAGGCAAACGCGAGGUCCGACCCACCGACCGAAUAAAGGUGAAGCACGUUGACUACAACACAACCCUGAGUGUUAGGAUGGCUACCAGAGCGGAAUCAGGAAAGUACACGAUCACCGCUGAGAACAUAAACGGCAUGGACGAAGCUGUCGUGAAAGUGACAGUCCUGGACAAACCGAGUCCACCUCAAGGACCGCUCAGAGCGUCCGACGUGCACGCGGAAGGCUGCAAACUGUCCUGGAAACCUCCGGAAGACGACGGCGGCCAACCGGUUGAGAAGUACGUCGUUGAGAAGAUGGACGAAGCAACUGGCCGCUGGGUACCGGCAGGAGAAACGGACGGACCCGAGACCUCUGUGCAAAUAGAAGGGCUCACUCCCGGUCACAAGUACAAGUUCAGAGUUCGCGCUGUGAACAAACAAGGCAAAUCGGAACCGCUAGCAGCGAUGCAAAGCAUCGAGGCGAAGAAUCCUUUCGACGAACCUGGCAAACCUGGCACUCCGGUCGUCAGCGACUACGACUCCGACUUUGUCGAACUUCAAUGGGAUCGUCCACAGGAAGACGGUGGUUCGCCCAUUACCGGUUACAUCAUAGAGAAACGAGACAAGUACAGUCCCACCUGGGAAAAAUGCGCGGAAGUCGAAGGCGACGUAAAUCGCGGAAAGGUGAACGACCUCAUUGAGGGCACCCAUUACGAAUUCCGAGUUAGGGCGGUUAACAAAGCCGGCCCUGGUGAACCUUCGGACGCUUCCAAGUCUCACUUGGCUCGACCCAAGAAUCUCCCACCAAAGAUCGACAGAAAGUACAUGCUGGACGUGAAAGUGAAAGCUGGUGGUUUCUACGACUUCGACGUUCCUGUGAUUGGCGAACCACCGCCGUCCAAGGAAUGGUCGCUGAAAGGAUCGCCACUUUUGCCCAGUGACCGUAUCAAAAUCGUGAACGAGGACUACAACACGAAAGUUCGCGUGAUCGAAGCGAAACGGUCCGACUCCGGUGUAUACACUCUGGAAGCAAAGAAUAUCAACGGCAGAGACAGCGCGACCCUAAACGUGAACGUGCUCGACGUACCAUCUCCACCGGAAGGUCCUCUGAAGAUCGACAACGUGACAAAGAACGGUUGCAACUUAAAAUGGCGGCCACCGAAAGAUGACGGUGGUUCCGAAAUUCAGUACUACCAAGUGGAGAAGAUGGACACGGAGAACAUGAGGUGGGUGCCGGUGGCCGAAGCUUCGUCCACUUAUGCCCAUGUGGAUCACCUGAUCGAGGGUCACGACUAUCAAUUCCGCGUACGUGCUGUGAACAAGCAAGGAGAGUCGUUGCCACUCACCGGUAUAGAAACGAUUACCGCGAAAGACCCGUACGACAAGCCAGACAAGCCCGGAGCACCUGUCCCCACCGACUGGGACAAAGAUCACGUCGACCUGGAAUGGGCACCGCCGAAGAAAGAUGGCGGAUCACCUAUUACGGGAUACAUCAUCGAAAAGAAACCUCGCUUUGGUCAGUGGGAGAAAGCCGUGGAAAUCGACGGCCCCAAGACAAGCGCCAGAGUGCCAGAUCUCGUCGAAGGCCAGGAAUACGAAUUCAGAGUUAUUGCCGUCAACAAAGCCGGACCUGGCGAACCGUCCGAAGCUUCUGUUCCUGUCGUCGCGAAACCACGUUUCCUUGCACCGUCCUUCGAUCCACACGCAUUGAACGACUUGGUCGUCCGAGCCGGACAGAAGAUCAGCUACAUUAUUCCCAUCCAAGCAUCGCCUAAACCCGUGGCCACCUGGACCUUGGACGGAGCAGUAAUUAUGGCCGACUCUCGCCACGAAAUGUACACCACCCAUACCGAAACCACGUUUGAAAUACCAUUCUCCGUCCGUUCCGAUACCGGACGUUAUGCUUUGACUUUGGAGAACGAGCACGGAAAGUUCAGUUCGAGCGCUAGAGUGACCGUGCUGGACAGACCAUCGCCACCGCAGAAACCGCUGGAGAUCAGCAAAAUUACCAAGGAAGGUUGUCACCUGGCUUGGGGUCAUCCGUUGGAUGACGGCGGUAGUCCCAUAUUGCACUACGUGAUCGAGAAGAUGGACUUAUCGCGUGGCACUUGGUCCGAUGCUGGCAUGAGCACUAUAUUGAGCCACGAAGUAGCCCGACUCACGCAUCGCAAGGAGUAUCUUUUCCGAGUGAAAGCUGUCAAUACUAUCGGAGAAUCCGACCCACUCGAAGCAACUAAGAGCAUCAUCGCCAAGAACGAGUUCGAUGAGCCCGACGCGCCUGGAAAACCACAGAUCACGGACUGGGACAGAGACCACGUCGACUUGCAGUGGCCAGCGCCAAGCAGCGACGGUGGCUCUCCACUUAUAGAGUACAUUGUUCAGAAGAAAGAAAAAGGUAGCCCGUACUGGGUUAACGCGGUUCACGUGCCACCGAAUCAAACGAGCGCAACAGUCCCGGAUUUGACGGAAGGACAGGAAUACGAGUUCCGCGUAAUUGCCGUAAACGCUGCCGGACAAUCGGAACCGUCUGAGCCAAGUGAUCUCGUCACUGCCAAACCCCGUUAUUUGGCUCCAAAGAUCAAGACGCCUCUGCAGGAUAUUCGAGUCAAGGCCGGUCUCAUCUUCCACGUCGACAUAGACUUUGUCGGCGAACCAACUCCGGAGGUCACUUGGACCGUUGGAAGCAAAGCAGUGGAGACCAACGAGAGAACCACGGUCACCUCGAUUGGUUACCACACUAUUGUUCAUACAGUGAACGCUCAGAGAUCCGAUUCUGGAUUGUACCAUUUGUUGCUGAAGAACAGCAGCGGCAUAGACGAAGGCAGCUUCCAGGUGAUCGUUCUCGACAGACCCGGUCCACCGGAAGGUCCACUGCAGUACGAGGAGAUCACGAGUCAAUCCGUUACCCUAUCUUGGAAACCACCUAAAGACAACGGCGGUAGCGAGAUCACUGGAUACGUAAUCGAGAAACGCGAUUUGACUCACGGUGGCGGCUGGGUACCAGCAGUGACCCAUGUCAAUCCCAAGUACAACCACGCCACUGUACCAAGGUUGCUCGAAGGUACAACCUACGAGUUCAGAGUAUGCGCGGAGAAUCUUCAGGGACGCUCGGAACCUCUAACCACCGACCAUUCGAUUGUCGCCAAGAACCAAUUCGUCGCACCUGGACAACCUGGCAAGCCGGAAUGCGUGGACGCAGACAAGGACCACAUAAAGAUCAAGUGGGCUGCGCCGAUCAGCAACGGAGGCUCGAAGAUCAUCGGUUACGACGUGGAACGACGCGAUCGUGCAACUGGUCGCUGGCUGAAGGUGACCAAAGAGCCAGCGAAGUACUGCGAGUACUACGAUGAUCACGUGACCGAGGGUCACCAAUACGAGUACCGAGUUACCGCUAUAAAUGCCGCUGGCUCUGGCAAACCUAGCGAAACAUCGUCCGUGUUUAUCGCGAAACCGAUGAAAGAGAAACCGAAACUGAACUUGGACGCGUUGAUUGGACGCAAGAUUAAGGUUCGUGCCGGAGAACCAAUCAACGUCAACAUUCCAUUGUCUGGAGCACCAACUCCCACUAUCGAAUGGACCAAAGGUGGAAGACCUCUCACGGAAACUCUCAGAAUAUCGACGGAAACUAAGAGCGAUCGCACGAAUCUGUUGAUCGAAAAAUCCGUCCGGGACGAUGGUGGUAUUUACACGGUUACAGCCUCGAACGAGCAUGGAAAGGACUGGGCUGACAUCGAGGUGAUCGUAGUGGACAGACCGGGACCGCCUCAAGGUCCGCUUCAGUACACUGGCACGACGCAAGAGUCCGUAUCCUUGUCCUGGAACCGACCUCUCGACGACGGUGGAUCCGACAUCACCAAUUACAUCGUAGAAGUAUCGGACUAUGGAGCCGACAAUUGGCGCCAGACGCCUGGAUAUUGUCCAAGAACGAGCUACACCGCCAAGGGACUUACAGAGGGCAAGAAAUACGUGUUUAGAGUACGGGCUGAGAACAUGUACGGAGUAUCGGAGCCAUUGGAGGGCAAACCGGUGAUCGCGAAGAGUCCAUACGAUCCACCGGAUGCACCCAGUCAACCUGAAAUCCUUGGAUACACUCCCAAUAGCUGCAGUCUCCUAUGGAACCCGCCACUCAAUACCGGUGGCAAGCCUAUCACCGGAUAUUACGUGGAAAGACGCGAACGUGGUGGCGAGUGGCUGAAAGUGAACAAUUAUCCAACUCCGAAUACCACGUUCACGGUGCAGGAUCUUCACGAAGGAUCUAAAUACGAAUUCAGGGUUAUCGCCGUCAACGAAGCCGGACCCGGUAAACCCAGCAAACCAACCGAACCUAUCACAGCUGGACACCAACGUCUUCGUCCCGAUGCUCCUGAGCCACCGAAACCUGACAGGAUAACGAAGGAUUCGGUAACCCUGAGCUGGCGGCCACCGCGCAGCGAUGGCGGCGCUAAGAUCAGAGGCUACAUCGUUCAGAUGAAACAGAGAGGCCAAGACGAAUGGGACGACGUGAACGGUGCCUUGAUACCGACUAACGUGUACACGGUACCGAAACUCACCGAGGGCGAAGAGUAUCUGUUCCGAGUGAUCGCGGUCAACGAUAUCGGAAACAGUGAUCCGAGUCGGCCGAGCAAUCCAAUCGUCAUCGAGGAACAGCCUAAUAAACCUGUCAUGGACCUCGGUGGAGUUCGCGACAUCACCGUUCGCGCUGGUGAAGACUUCUCCAUUCACGUGCCUUAUAUCGGCUUCCCCAAGCCCACUGCUACCUGGUUCGCUAACGACGUUAUUAAAGACGAAACUGAUCCACGCGUACACCAACAGUUGGCCGACGACUAUGCCAGUCUCGUGGUGAAGAAUGCGAAACGUUCGGACGGUGGACAAUACCGUCUUCAAUUACGCAACUCCUCGGGCUUCGACACUGCCACAGUGAACGUCAAGGUUCUAGAUCGUCCAAAUCCACCUGUGAAUCUCCAUGCCGACGAAUUUGGCGGAGAUGCUCUCACGCUGUUCUGGAACCCGCCGAAAGACAACGGUGGUGCCGAUAUCACUAAUUACGUUGUCGAGAAACGGGAACCAAAGGGCACGUGGUCAAAGGUGAGCAGCUACGUGACGACACCGUUCGUCCGAGUGAGGAACCUAACCGUUGGAAGCGUGUACGAGUUCCGCGUGAUGGCUGAAAAUCAGUACGGCACUUCGGAUCCUGUAACAACGAUAGAUCCGAUCAAGGCCAGACAUCCGUUCGAUCCUCCUGGAGCACCUGGAACACCGAAAGGUGUGGAAACGACAGAGGACAGCAUAACGAUUACCUGGACCAAGCCUCGUCACGACGGAGGCUCUCCUAUCCUCGGCUAUGUCAUCGAGAAACGCCUGCUCAGCGAGGACAAAUGGGUGAAAGCUACACCGUCCCUCGUUCACGAAACUACCUACAGAGUAACCGGUCUCAUAGAAAAUCACGAUUACGAGUUCCGCGUUGCGGCCGAGAACGCUGCUGGACGCGGACCAUGGAGUUCCAAUUCCGACGUGAUCAGAGCCAGUGCACCGCCAUUCCCACCGAAGAUCACGUCCGACCUGAGCAUCCGCGACAUGACGGUGAUUGCCGGAGAACCGUUCACCAUCACCGUUCCCUAUACGGCGAAUCCAAAACCGAGACCAAGCUGGUCUAUCAACGGCGAGGAGGUACUCACAGGUGACAGAAUUAAAUUCGACACCACCGACGUCGCCUCGCAAUUCAUCAACAAGAAAGCCAAGAGGUCCGACACGGGAACAUACACCAUCUAUCUCACGAAUACCGUCGGCACGGAUUCUGCUUCGUGCAAGGUUCUCGUUGUCGACAAACCAUCCCCGCCGCAAGGACCACUGGACAUUUCCGAUAUCACGCCCGAAACCUGUACACUGUCCUGGAAACCUCCGUUCGACGAUGGUGGUUCGCCUGUUACGAAUUACAUCGUUGAAAAGUUCGAUCCGGCUGGCUAUUGGGUAAAACUGAGCAGUUUCGUGAGAAACACUCAUUACGACGUGAUCGGCCUCGAACCGAACCGCACGUACAACUUCCGCGUCCGUGCAGAGAACCAGUACGGAAUAUCAGACCCGUUGCAGGCCGACGAGCCGAUCACCGCGAAAUUCCCAUUCACGGUGCCCGAUCCUCCUGGACAGCCUCGCGUUAUCGACUGGGACACUUCGAACGCGACCUUGGUAUGGACCCGACCGAUAUCCGACGGUGGAUCUCGAAUUCAGGGCUACAAAAUCGAGUUCCGCGAUCCCGCCGACGACGCGCAAUGGCGAGUGGCAAACGACUACCUGGUCAAGGACACGACUUAUAUCUGUUACAAUCUGUUGAGUGGACACGAAUACGAGUUUAGAAUACGCGCAAAGAACGCAGCUGGCUUCAGUAAGCCUAGUCCAACCUCUGCGCCGUUCAGAUUGAAGAGCAAGUUCAACGUGCCCUCGCCACCAGGCACCCCGCAAGUAGUGAAGGUUGGCAAGAACUACGUCGACCUGAAAUGGGAAGCUCCAAUCUCCGACGGAGGCAGUCGCAUCACCGGUUACGUUAUCGAGAAGCGCGAGGUAGGAAGCGCACUUUGGGCAAAGUGCAACGAGUACAACGUUACCGACACCGAGUAUACCGUGUUGCACCUGAUCGAACGCGGCGACUACGAGUUCCGAAUCUUCGCGGUGAACGCUGCAGGAAGGUCCGAACCGAGUUCUUGCACCACGCCUGUCAAGAUCUGCGAGGUCGAAGGCGGUGAAAAACCGGAAUUCAUCAAAACUCUGCCAAUCAGUACGAACAUCCCGUUGGGCAAGACUUUGGUACUCGAAUGCGAGGCUACCGGAAAACCAUUACCAACCGCAAGGUGGCUGAGGAAUGGCAGAGAGAUCACGAUCGGCGGUCGCUUCCGAGCCGAAGCAUUCGACGGAAUAUACAGGCUCGUGAUAUCCGAAGUCUGGGACGCAGAUGACGGUGAUUACAGUUGUCAAAUCUCGAAUCCGCUCGGUAUAGCCACGACCACGUGCCGGCUGAAGAUCGGCACACCACCUCGCAUCGAGCGCAUGCCCGAUGACUUGUACCUGGCUGAGAACGACAACACGAAGAUCAAGAUUUACUAUAGCGGUGAUCAGCCGAUGGACGUUACCUUGAAGAAAGACGGCCGCAAGGUGGUCGAGACUGGCCAUAUCAAAUACACCGUGUUCGACGAAUAUCUCAUUAUCUUCAUCAAAGACAUUCAAAAAGAUGACGCUGGCGUUUACGAUCUUUCCAUCUCGAAUGACAGUGGUAGCGUGAGCGGUUCGUUCAACGUGUACAUCACCGGGCUACCUGGCCCGCCAACCGGACCUCUCGAUGUCUCGGACAUUAAUAAACACACCUGCACCCUGUCCUGGCAUCCACCCAAGUUUGACGGUGGUCUUCGCGUCACUCACUAUGUCGUCGAACGUCGCGACAUCAGCCACACCCACUGGAUUAUCGUUUCGUCGUUCUGCAAAGAAUGCAGCUUCAUGGUACAGGGCCUGACCGAGGGACAGGAGUACCUGUUCCGCGUGAUGGCAGUGAACGACAACGGAAUGGGCCCGCCACUCGAGGGAACCAAUCCCAUCAAAGCCAAGGCACCGUUCGAUCCUCCUGGUCCGCCUGGAACACCAAAGGUAACGGAAGUUGGAGGGGACUUCGUGAAUCUCUCUUGGGAGAAGCCGGAAUCGGAUGGUGGCUCGAAGAUUCAAGGCUACUGGAUCGACAAACGCGAAGUCGGUAGUCAGGCCUGGCAGCGCGUGAACGUCGCCAUUUGUCUGCCUACGCAGAUCAACAUCAGCAACCUGAUCGAAGGAAGGCAGUACGAGUUCCGCGUGUUUGCGCAGAACGCCGCUGGCCUAGGACCGGAGUCGAAAGCUUCGACUUCGGUGAAGAUCGCUGAUCCUCAGGCAGCCAAAGCUCCGGAGGUGAUACAGCCGUUGCACAAGGUGAGCUGCGUGCAGAACCACAACGCGCACUUCCAGUGCAAGAUCAUCGGUAUUCCAAAGCCUACGAUCACGUGGUUCAAAGGUGCCCGGGAGAUUGUUAGCGGAUCCCGAUACAACAUAUACUCGGAAGGCGACGUGCACAAUUUGAUUAUCCACGACGUGUUCGGAGAAGACGCGGACGAAUACUUCUGUCGCGCUGUGAACAAGUGCGGCGUGAAAUCGACCAAGGGCGAACUUCUCAUCAAAACGCCACCGAAAUUGAACGUACCGCCUAGAUUCCGAGACACCGCGUUCUUCGACAAAGGCGUCAACGUGGUUAUCAAGAUUCCAUUCACCGGAUAUCCGAAACCAAAGAUCACUUGGGUGAGAGAGGGAGAGGUAAUCGAGUCAGGAGGCCACUACACCGUGGAGGUAAAGGAAAGACACGCCGUGCUCACCAUCAUAGACGGCAGUCGUAUCGACUCGGGACCUUAUCGUAUCACCGCUGAAAAUGACCUGGGUCAGGACAGUGCGAUCAUCAAGAUACAGAUCAGCGAUAGACCAGAUCCACCGAGAUUCCCGCAGGUGGACAAUAUCGGUCACGACUCGUUGGCUUUGAGCUGGAAACCACCAGUUUGGGACGGCGGUAGCAACAUCACCAACUAUCUCGUCGAGAAACGAGAACAUCCGAUGACCAGUUGGAUCAGAGUCGGAAACACCAGAUUCUGCUCGAUGGCGGUCACCGGGCUCAGCCCGGGACACCAGUACGACUUCCGAAUUUGCGCGGAAAAUAUCUACGGUAGAUCCGAUCCAAGCGAAGUGACGCCGCUGAUCACCACCAAGGGCACCGUCAAGAGAGAGUUCAAGCAAAAGGAGUACAAAGUGGACGAGACCGGCAAGAAGAUCCGCGGACGAAGCGACGAGAAGCCACGAGAUUACGACCAAUUCGUGUUCGACAUCUACAGCAAAUACGUGCCGCAACCGGUCGAAAUUAAACAUAUCUCGGUUUACGAUAGAUACGACAUUCUCGAGGAGAUCGGAACCGGCGCGUUUGGAGUGGUUCAUCGUUGCCGGGAGAGAGCCACCGGGAACAUAUUCGCGGCCAAGUUCAUCCCUGUGUCCCACGCGAUGGAGAAGGAACUCAUCAGGAAAGAAAUCGAUAUAAUGAAUCAGUUGCAUCAUCCGAAAUUGAUCAACCUUCACGAUGCCUUCGAGGACGAUGACGAGAUGGUCCUAAUCUUCGAAUUCUUGUCCGGUGGUGAACUGUUCGAGAGGAUCACGGCGGAGGGCUACACCAUGUCCGAGGCCGAAGUUAUCAACUACAUGAGGCAGAUCUGCGAAGCCGUGAAACACAUGCACGAGAAGAACAUCAUACAUUUAGAUAUCAAACCCGAGAACAUCAUGUGCCAGACGCGUAACAGUACUAACGUGAAACUGAUCGACUUUGGCUUAGCUACGAAACUCGAUCCCAACGAGGUGGUGAAGAUCAGUACCGGCACGGCAGAAUUUGCCGCACCUGAGAUCGUUGAGCGCGAACCAGUCGGCUUUUACACGGACAUGUGGGCUUGCGGUGUCUUGGCUUAUGUCCUGUUAAGCGGUCUUUCCCCGUUUGCCGGAGACAAUGACAUCGAAACUCUGAAGAACGUGAAGGCCUGCGACUGGGACUUUGACGAGGAAGCCUUCCGCGACGUCUCCGAAGAAGGCAAGGACUUCAUUAGACGGUUGCUCGUCAAGAACAAAGAAAAGCGCAUGACUGCCCACGAAUGUCUCCUGCAUCCCUGGCUAACCGGUGAUCACAGUAACCGUACGACACCAAUUGCGAGCAGCCGGUAUCUGAACUUUAGAGACAGGUUGCGAGCCAAGUAUGAGAACUGGGACAAAUACGUUCUUCCUAUUGGUCGAUUAGCCGAAUAUUCGUCUCUUAGGAAACUGUUGAUUGAAAAAUACAAGAUCUACGAUUCGUGCUUUGAUCGACGACAAGCGGCGCCUAGGUUCGUCAUAAAGCCGACCAGCGCGUUUGCAUACGAAGGACAGAGCGUGAAAUUCACCUGUCGUGUGAUCGCAAUUGCUUCUCCGACUCUCACGUGGUUCCACAACAACCAGGAACUCCGGCAGUCCGUGAAAUUCAUGAAACGAUACCACGGCGACGAUUAUACCUUCAUCAUCAACAGAGUGAAACUAGAGGACAGAGGAGAAUAUGUGAUUAGGGCAGAGAAUCACUAUGGCUACAGAGAGGAAGUCGUCUUCCUGAAUGUGCAACCGCUACCUAGGGAAAUUCCAAAAUACAGACCAGAACUGCACCCAGUCCGAAGGAGAGAACCACUUGGUUACAACGUCUGGCUAGAGACGAUCGAAUCGGCACCCAACUUCACCUUCUUGCUUCGACCUCGUGUCAUUCAAGUCAGACAAACUUGCAAACUACUUUGCUGUCUCAGUGGUAAUCCACCACCGACGGUGAAAUGGUACAAAGAUAGAGACGAGCUGUCCAAGUAUCACUACGCGAUGACAAACGCAGACGGUGUUGUUACAAUGGAAAUAAUAGACUGUAAACCAGAGGAUAGUGGUAAAUAUCGUUGCGUCGCAACCAACAUCCAUGGAAAGGAUGAAACUAGUUGCGUAGUCAUCGUUGAAGGCACCGGAGAAACCGAGGAGCAACUUAAAUUAGCGCACGACCUCCUACAUUCCGGAGAUCGGAAAUUCAUCGAGCAACCGCUAAAACCGGCACCGCCACCGAUCGUGACAGUACAUAAAGCCGGUGGAUACAGUGGAUACAGUUCUACUACCACACAGGGUCAUAACUACAGUAGUACUACUACCACUAAGCAUAAUUCCACGAGUUCAUCUUCCUACAAGACUACUGACUCCAGUUCGGAGAAACGAAGUGUCAAGAAAUAUGGACUCGAUACCGCCGGCAGUCCAUCUCGGUCCAGGAGUACGACAAAGGAAUUGAUUUAUCCUCCGGAUGAAUCGAUGAGAGCGCCGCAAUUCACGAAAAAGUUAAACGAUCUGACCAUCAAUGACGGAGAACAGUUGGAAUUAACCGUGAAUGUUGACGGCGAUCCAGAACCACAGGUUAACUGGUCUAGAAAUGGCAAGACGCUAAGUUCGUCUGGAAUAAUGAGCUUGAAGUACAAAAAUGGAGUUGCAACUCUCACGAUCAACGAGGUAUUCCCUGAAGAUGAGGGUGAAUAUACUUGCCAAGCGAGCAACAGCAUCGGUACCGUAACUACCUCUUGCAAAUUAACCGUGAAACCCAUGGCGAGUGCAGCGGGGAAAAAGAGAACUGACGAUAAACCUCCAAAGAUCGUAGACCACGUGACCAGUAUGUUUGUAAAGGACGGUGAAGCCGUAACCUUAAGUUGUCGAAUAAUUGGUGCGAAAAAAUUCGAUGUGGUCUGGCUUCACAAUAACAAGGAAAUCAAACCUAGCAAAGACUUCCAAUACAGCAGCGAAGCUAAUAUCUAUAAAUUAAAUAUUGCCGAGAUCUUCCCCGAGGACUCUGGUACAUAUACCUGCGAGGCAUUCAAUGACGCAGGAGAGAGCUUCUCGUCGUGCACAUUAAACGUACUUGUUCCAAACGAGGAACCGAAGAGUCCAGUCUUCGCGACAUUCCCACAAUCUGCAACGGUAAGCGAAGGCGAAUCGGUUACAUUUGUAUGCAAGACUGAAACCGCGCCUCUGAAAGUAACGUGGUUGAAAGACGGAAAGGCACUCCCGGAAUCUAGCAGCAGGUACCUCUUCAGUUCAGACGGCGACAAAUCGUUCGAGUUGCGUAUCAAAUCGUGCACUGCUAGCGACGUUGGUCAGUAUGUUGCUCGUGCGAUUGGUAAAAAGGGUGAAACCAACGCUGCUUUCGCCCUAAAUGUUACCAGUGCUAACGAAUAGUGAAAUCGCUGAUUUCACAUGUGACAAAUCGCAACACGACAAGGUUUCUAGAAUUUUAUCGGGAGGACAACGAUAAGAAAAAAGAAAUAUGUAAAAAUGAACUGUAUAAAUAUGCGACUUCAAAAUAAUCGCGAUCAUAAGCGACGUAACGCUCGUGUAUAAAAGAGAAAUUGGAAAACUACUGUAUUCAUGCUAUUCUAUAUGUAAAUUAUCAUGGAACGUUAUAUUUACUUUUUGUGUGCUUAUCAUAUCGCAAAAAAAGAAACAAAUGAUAUCGUCAUAUGAUAAAAAAAAACAAUCCAAAGCGUUAAGCAAUACGGAUAGCACGCGCAAUCUAUACGCUAAUACGAGCUUUGCUGUAUACACGAAUUAGCAUAUUUUAAGUACACAAUCGUACAUAACGGCAGCGUAAGAUGUAAACUGAAAACAUUCGCUAUAGUCAGACUUGCAGGAUAACCAGCAUCCUCGUACAUUAAAACAUCAAUAAAAAAAAUCUUGCUAGGUGGCUAUACGAGGUAGUUUAACUCUGCCGAGAUGUACGUCCUUAUUCCAUGUAAUCGUACGCACUGUCGUGUUAUACAUGUUUGAAGACUGCUUCCGUUACAAAAUUUCAGAUAAAUAAAACAUGAUUCAAAUAUAAA